GAAGAUUGUUGUGUCCGGAAGUUGUUAGCCUGAUGCCGGUGACACGGAGCAAAGUCCGGUAGUUUUAUCCGGUAACGUUAAAGUAACGAGAAACAAAGUGUGUGGGUCCGGGUGGAGCAGGUGAGAGAAGCGGAGGAACUCAUCUAAAGUGUCCGUGACCGCUGGAGAGCAGCGGAAGUACACCCGGCUGACGGUAGCUAGCUAUAUGGUGACGCUGACAGGAAGAGCUCGAGCUCACGGGGGCUGAAUGGCGUCGAGGCGGGGCGCCUGGUGGAGUCGACCCGGGCAGCAGUGAAGAUGCAACAGUGAGGACGUUGUGUUGCAUGCUGGGACAUUGAGUUUCCCGUGGUCCCCUGACAGGAUGCUCCAGGGGCCUUACGGGGGCCUGGACCGGGACCGGCCCCUGAUCCGACUGCCCUUCACCAGCUUCGCUGUGGCCACGGUGCUGCUCCCGCUGACCGGCCUCAUCGCCUGCCUCUUCAUCUCUCUACUGUACCACUAUGAGGACGCCACGUACACACACUGUCAAGUGUCGAACUACCUCCCGUCCAUCAGCGCCGCCAUCAGCCGCAUGCCGGAGCGCUACAUCUGGCGCUGCUGCAUCGGGCUUCACUCUGCACCACGCUACCUGGUGGCCGUCGCCUACUUUAACUUCUACCGCAGCCGCUUUGCCAAGAGGCUGCUGGAGCUGCUGCUCAGCGGACUGGUUCUCCUCUGCAGCCUCACCGAGAACACGGGCCUGCUGCUGCUCACAUACGUGUCGUCCACAGAAACGUACAGUCUUCAUAAAAACGGAUUCAUCGUGUUUGUAGGCAGCUCGCUGCUGCACAUGCUCAUCACGUGCUGGCUGUGGCAGGUGAUCAGGAGAUACUGUGUGAACCCAGAGGAAGUGACAUCAUACAAAUGGAAGGUGCGUCUCUUCCUGUUUAACGUGGGCUGUUGUCUGGCUGCAGCGUACUUCUUCAGACGCCACAACAAGUUCUGUGAGAGCGGAGUCUACACCCUGUUCGCCCUGUUUGAAUACCUGGUGGUCUUCUCCAACAUGGCCUUCCACAUGACGGCCUUCUGGGACUUCGGGAGCAAGGAGGUGAUAGUGGCCACGCCCCCUGAGGACAAACGAUACUGAGCCUUGAGUCAGUUCGGACGUGGACCUGAUUCCAGCAGCUGCUGUGAAGACAGGAGCGACGGACUUGAUGCUCUGCAGAGUUCACAUGUCCAGUUAGUUCUGUCAUCUGUUCAACGCAGGUUCUGAGACGAGACAACACUCCACGUGAAUCCUCUUAUAUGAUGACUCAGUGGCUCUCUCCUGUUCAGCAGCACAGCAAGUCAACCAAGUGUCCUCUGUGCAGGUGUAUUUUUAUAUUGUAUGAUAUGUAUAUUUGUGAGGACCAUUUUAAACAUCGACCCUACACAGUCGCGACCUUUUUGGAAAGUGUGGACAUUUUGGCCGAUCGUCACUUUCUCUCCGAGGCUGAAGACUUGGUAUUUAGUUUAGAUGGUUAAUGUGAGGGGCCGGACAAGCAUCAUGCCAGUGACAGAAGUACAAGAAUGUGUAUGUGGACCUUAAAUCAUUUAUUUUCUCAAAGAUGGUUUCUGUCAUCAGCAACAUAGACUAACAAGUGAGCAAGCUAGCAGUUUGGUAACGUCAAACAAAAAGAUGAGACUGUUCAGAGGUGGAAUUAAAAGUUUGAAGAAAUCUUAAAACGUAUGUUAACUUCUUGACAUCCAUUGUUUCUGAAAACGUCAGCAAACAGGAAGUUGGCUUUGUUACUGCGGCUCAGUCCAUGUUUGUUUAUCAGGCGACUGUCGUGCAUCACACUCUGCCGCAGACGAGGGACAGGAAGAGGAAGCUGAUCUCCUGACCUGAAGGGAACAACUACACAAACCAAGGGGACGUCCACCUGAUGAUGCUCGUCCUCGUCCAAACGCUUCAGCUCUGCUUCCAUCAGCACAUGUUCAGUCGAUUUUCUGUACAAUGAUAAUUUGACAUUUUCAGGAGUGUUUGAAUUAUUGAAUCGUCUGACAACAUAAAAGCUACUUCCUGGUUUCAGGAAGUUGUUUGUCUGAACAGGAGCAGAGACCUGGUGGAGGUGGUGACCCGGCCGGUGCACCAGCAGGGGGAGUACUUCAAGUGCUACUUUAGUAAAGGUUCUAACUACAUCUUUACAUCGAACUUCACAUGAAGCUCCAAAACCUCUAAACAGCUGUUCAGGCUGGGCUCACAUCCCACAGUCCUCAUAACACAUCUGGACAACAUGAUGGAAGACAAAGAUUAGACCUGUUUUUAACUGUUUAAUUUGUUAUCAGUGAAGAUGAAGAUGAAAAACACAAACCCCCAAAUAUCUGUUCGUACUUGUACUCAGCUAAACACACCUGGAGCCCGGUACUGUUCUAGACACGUGGCUGGUUUCUGUUCCCGUUUCUUUCGGCUCCUGAACACAACAUCCUGCGAAGCUGCUCACAUUUCAAACACUUUCACUUUGUCUUCUCAAUUAAAUUCAGGUACUUUUACAAACAUAA